AGUGGAGAGGCACAUACCAACACAGUUCUUGGGUAUUGUGUCACUGGGACGACGCUCCAAACUAACACUUCAGGUUUCAGAGAGGACCUACUUUUCUCUUGCAGGCUAAAAGCCCACUUACUCCCACUAACCUCGGAUUGCUGGAUUCUUGAACAUAUCCUGGAGCUGCGUUAACGCUACACAGAGUCAUACUUCAAUUGCCCAUCAUCACUGAGCAACAACACCAAAUAACUGCAGAAGGAUGCCGCUGGGAGGAGGAAACAAGUGUGGCCGUUGUUCCAAGACAGUUUACUUUGCAGAAGAAGUGCUGUGUGAUGGGCGGAGCUUCCACAGGUCCUGCUUCCUCUGCAUGGUGUGCGGGAAGAAUUUGGACAGCACAACUGUGGCUGUUCAUAUGGAUGAAGUGUACUGCAAGGCAUGCUACGGCAAGAAGUACGGACCAAAGGGCUACGGUUACGGCCAGGGAGCAGGGACGCUCAGCAUGGACAAAGGAGAGGGGCUGGGUAUCACACAUGAAGAAGCUGCUCCUCAUCGUCCCACCACCAACCCAAACCCGUCUAAGCUGGCUCAGAAGUUUGGAGGUUCAGACAAGUGCCCCCGCUGUGGAAAGGCUGUGUACGCUGCUGAGAAAGUGAUCGGAGCUGGGAGUGCGUGGCACAAGAUAGGAUGCUUCACCUGUGCCACAUGUGGGAAGAGCCUCGAGUCAACCACACUAGCCGACAAGGAUGGAGAAAUCUACUGCAAAGGUUGUUACGGCAAAAACUUUGGUCCCAAGGGAUUUGGAUAUGGACUGGGAGCUGGAGCGUUGGCGCACACUCAGUAGAGGCUGCACUACCGCCUUCUUCCUGCAGAGGUCACGCUACGCCUAUAAACACCCUAUACAGUCAGUGCUUCAGACAUAUGCUUGAUAGGAAGCUGCAUUUAAACUGUAAUGUCACCAACAUCCUAAUCCCAGAGGCCGGAGGCGGUUAGUUACACAGUUACAGUCAUUGCUGACACGUACACCACACUUAAUACUGCAAUAUUAUGUAUUAAAAUCUGUAUUGAUAAAUAGAAUAUGCACUAAAUGAAUGGUAUCUGCUAAUUAUGAGGCCUUCAAGAAAAGGUAGUCCCACUAUCACAAGAUAAACAACAGUCUCAGUAAUUCCUCGAUGUUUCUGUGAUGCUUUUCAAACAGCAUGAUAGUGAUAAUAAAGCUAAUUGAAAGAAAUGA